GUAUAUUUCUGUGUGGCUCACGGUUAAACAUAGUCUCGCCCACGCUGCUCGCGCGCCGAAUCUUGCCGCCCGCCCAGUCCCAUCUGCUUUCUCACCGCCAGUACACGCCCCAGGAACCAGAAUGAGCCGUAUAGGGAGAACCCGGCGCACGCGCGUCUACGACUGCAACUAUAACAAGGGCGAGAGCUACUACCGUCCGGUUCUGGACCGGCUCGACGGCAAGGUCGCACCGGCCCGUGAACCGGACCGCGAGCGCAUCCGGUCCGACGUUGAGAACCGGAUCAACCGAGCGCUGGAUGACAUCGAGGCGCCGCACGACGAGUUGUACGACUCCAGGGGUGCGCGCGCGCAGCGAGGCAGGCCGUUGUCCUCCGCUUUUGAGGACGACGAGCUCUCUGAAGAUAUCACAGAGUCGCUGAAGCGCCUACGAGCUGGAAAGAAAUCAUCCCGUUUCGCAGAAGACAUCGACUUCGAGAAUGCCGUGUCCAACAUCGAGAACCGUAUGAGGAUCUCCGACAAAAUUUUGGAGAGCGUGGGAAUUGGCUCGUCCGAAGUCAGUGGGGCGAGGAAAGCUCUGCAAGAGAACGAGGAGAGGACCGAGAAGCGUAUCGCCCGCCGGCUGAACGAAGAAAACUCGCUGACAAAGUGGACAGCGCUGAACAGUGACGAAAGCGCUGCAGCACAGCGGGCGAAGGUGAGCAGGGCGCGCUUGAGCGACCUUGAAGACGAGAUGUCAGAACUCAAUGAGAGGACCGCUGCCAGAGAAAAGAGGGCUGCACGUCUCCGAGCCCUGGUCGCCGACAGUGACUCCGUCGACACCUCUGUUGCCGCUUCCAAAAUCACCAUCAGAGCAGAGAGGGAAAAGAAACAAGUCACUUUCUAAAUCUCAUAUUCGGUAACGCUUCAAACACUCUCUGCUCUCUAAGAUCGAAAUUUUAGAGUCGUUGAGGAUAGAUAAAUUUGCUAGAAUAUACUCCUGCAUUUGUCAUUGUCACGGCUUCACUUUCACUUGCAUUGCUUUAUUUUAAUAGUAUGAUUCUGAAAUAUUUAAUAUUAUAAAAGUGUAACUGAGAGUGCUGCCUUGCAUAAUGACCGAGCCGAUGUCUAUUUUAUACUUGUUGUGUAGAAUACAGUGCUGCGUAUCGCCCUUUUUUUAUUUGUCUGUUGAAUAAAGAACAAAAGAUA